AUGGAACAUGUUAAAGCACUUCAAGUCAACAUCCCAUUUGCUGAAACGAUACUUGAAAUGCCUACAUAUGUAAACUUGCUUAAGGGUCUCUUUUCCUCUAGAAAAGAUAUGGAUGAAGUCGCUGACUUAGUGUUAAAUGAGCUACCAGAAAAGAAGGGCGAUCCGGGAAACAUCUCGAUUCCAUGUCAAUUCGGAAACAUAAUUGCUACUCAGGCAUUGACCGAUUCGGGUGCGAGUAUUAAUCUAAUGCCAUAUUCUUUCUUCAAGAAGUUGAAUUUUCUGGAGCCAAAUCCUAUUAAUAUGAAGAUCCAUCUAGCAGAUAAGGCAAUCAUUCGUCCAGAAGGUGUUUGUGAAGAUCUUCUCAUAAAGGUUAACAAAUUUGUAUUCCCAAUGGAUUUUAUAGUACUUAACAUGGAAGAAGACCCCAAAGUUCCAAUUAUUUUGGGGAGAGCAUUUUUGAACACCGCAUGUGCAUUUGUAGAUGUAUGCGAGUCCACACUAACAUUAUGGGUAGGAGAUGAAUCGGAAGUGUUUAAGGCUACACAAGAUAUUAAGCAAGAAGAAACAAGAAAAGAAGAAGUUUCCUCCAUUGAUUUGGAUGACGAAUUACUAGAAAAAGAUCUUGCACUUUUAAAAGAAGAAAAUCCAAUUAAAUUUCUACUAUCUUCUGGAGAAAAUUUUGAUGCUGAAAAAGAUUUAGAGGAGAUAGAGAACUUGUUGGAGGAAAGUGAUCUAGAUAAUGGAAGUCCAGCAGCAGAAGGCAAAAUUGUUAAGAAUUAUUGUGACUUCCAAAACGCUCAAGUAGCUUACCUUGAUACGAUGAUACAAAAAGAUGAAGAAAUUUGA